AUGCCCCAGAUGCCGGCUGACCGGCAGACCGGCGGACCGGCAGACCGUUAAGGUGCAUCAGGCUUAGGUUCUGCUUUAGCAAAUUGCAUUAAUCUCUCAAAUUUGACACUUUGCGUUAUGUCCAAUUAAAUUGGUGCGAUGGGUGCAUCAGGCUUAGGUUCUGCUUUAGCAAAUUGCAUUAAUCUUUCAAAUUUGACACUUGACCUUAAGUUUACUAAUAUUGAAGAUGAAGGUACAUCAGGCUUAGGUUCUGCUUUAGCAAAUUUCAUUAAUCUCUCAAAUUUGACACUUAACCUUUCUUGUAAUGUAAUUGGUGAUGAAGGUACAUCUGGCUUAGGUUCUGCUUUAGCAAAUUGCAUUAAUCUCUCAAAUUUGACACUUUUCUUAGAGUCAAUGGAUAAAUCAUAAGAAUUCAAAGUAAUAAGCAAGUGUCUUAAAUCAAAAAGAUUAGUUGUCUUUAAAACAGAAUUUGAAUGA